AUGCUUCCCACUCCUCCCCCUUCACCGACAUCAUCUGCACUCUGCGGCCCAGAGGACAGGAUUGGCCAGGUGCUCGCUGGUAGCGUCCAAUUGACCGGAAUUCUUGGUGUCGGAGCCUACGGCACUGUUUACAAGGCGCGAGACGUUGUGACUGAUGUUCAGUACGCCGUCAAGGCCUUGAACAAGCUUGGCCUCGAUCCGAGACAGCGAAAAUUCCAGGACCGUGAGAUCCAGCUGCACUAUGCCGCGAGCCAGCACCCCAAUGUCGUUUCCUUGGUGAAGAUCCUGGACGCUGUCGAUUGCACCUACGUUGUGAUUGAGUACUGUCCAGAAGGCGACCUCUUCUCCAAGAUCACCGAGGAAGGCCACUACAUUGGAGACGACUUCAAGGCCAAGCAGGUGUUCUUACAGAUUCUUGCCGCAGUUGAGCAUUGCCAUGCCAGAGGAAUCUACCACAGGGACCUGAAGCCUGAGAACGUCCUGGUUGCUGACAAUGGAUGGACCGCCAAGCUCGCGGACUUUGGACUUGCCACCCAGGAUCGUAUUACAUCGGACUUUGGAUGUGGAUCGACGUUCUACAUGUCACCAGAGUGCCACCAGUCCAGCCCCAAGCCAUACGCAUGCUAUGCAUCUGCACCCAACGACAUCUGGUCUCUCGGUGUCAUUCUGGUCAACCUGACCUGUGGCCGCAAUCCGUGGAAGAGGGCCUCCAUGGACGAUUCUACAUUCCGCGCUUUCAUGAGGGACCGGAACUUCUUGCAGACUAUUCUUCCCAUCUCAGAUGACCUCAACUGCAUCUUGCAGCGAGUGUUCGAGAUCAACCCACAGCGAAGGAUUACCAUGGGAGAACUGCGAGAAUCAAUCAUGCGCUGCCCACGUCUGACAACCCAAGGAUCUUCCAAUCCAUCUUCGGCACCGGCGACUCCUCCCUACAGCCCAGUCGAGAAGCCAAUGGAC